GAUGUAAUUGAAUGGGCGUGUUCAAAUUAAAAUGGAGCCAGCAGACAUUGACCUCAACCUUAGCCUCAAUCCUCUCUUUGAACAUAUAGAGUCUGUUCUACUGGAUGUCAUUCGUAUUAGAUCGCAAGAUGAGGAGAAUGGGGAAGAAAAUCUAUUAGAAGGAAUCCUGCACAAUCUUUAUGAUAUUCUAGAUAUCUUGGUGACCCUUGAAGCUACAUGAUAAGCGAGGUUGAUGUUCACCUGGAGGAAUUUAUUGAUGUUUUAUUACCUCUUGCUCACAUCAUGGAGGAACAUGUCACGCGUACUAAUUCGAGGUAUUGGAGACUGGGUAGACCCAGAGUAAAAAUAGAUGAAGUUCAACUCGAAUUCCUAAUUGAAAGUAGCUUUAGAGUAUCUGACAUUGCAGCAAUGUUUGGAUGUUCAAAACGGACAAUAGAAAGAAGGAUAAAUUACCUGGGGCUCAAUCGAUAUUCAUGUAUAUCAGAGAAUGACUUAGACAGUCGUGUCAGGGAAAUUAUACAAAUGCAUCCUAACUGUGGUGAAAAAUCUGUGACCGGUCGAUUAAGAAGCUAUGGAAUAAGAGUGCAGAGGCAAAGAAUACGUGAUUCUCUUGAAAGAGUUGAUCCUGAUGGUGUAGUUAAUUGUAUGAGGCGGGUGCUGCACAGGAGGAGUUACACAGUACGUUCCCCUAACUCACUUUGGCACCUAGAUGGCUAUCAUAAACUGAUUAGGUGGAAAUUCGUGAUACAUGGAGCUAUCGAUGGGUUUAGCCGGUUAAUUAUGUUUCUAAAAGUCUCAAACAACAAUCGUGCCAGUUCUGUUCUCUCAGGAUUUAUGGAAGCUCUUCAAGAAUAUGGCCUUCCUUCUCGGAUUAGAACUGACAGAGGGGGAGAAAAUGUUCAAGUCUCCGAGUACAUGCUUCGCCAUCCUGACAGGGGUCCUGGUAGAGGUAGUGUGAUAGCAGGUCGUAGCAUACACAACCAAAGAAUAGAAAGGCUUUGGCGAGAUCUGUACUCUGGAUGCAUAUCGUUUUUUUAUAACUUCUUUUACUUUCUUGAAGAUGCAGGAUUACUUAAUAUUAAUGAUCCUUUAGAUCUGUACACACUACACUUGGUUAUGCUUCCAGUUAUCCAACACCAGUUGGAUUUAUUUCGUGAAGGUUGGGCAAACCAUUCACUGAGGAUGGAAAACAAUAAAACACCACUCCAACUUUGGACAACUGGUUUUGUGAACUGUGAUUUAAAUAAUAGAGAAGUGACUGGCUUAGAGUCUGAUGUAUUUCAUGGGCAGCAUGAAGCAGUGGCUGAUAGAAACAACGAUACAGUUAUAGUUGAUGAGCUACCGCAGUAUCUUAGCCAGAGAGAUUAUGAGUGGCUUCAAUUGCAGCUCAAUAGCACAGAUGGGUUCUCUCAAGAAGUUCUGCUUUGUAACUAUGUCAUUGCAACUGCUUACAUACAUAAUAACUGUGAUUUGUAACAUCUUGUAUUAUUACCAAGUAUCAAAAGUGAUUA